ACGGUGAUGCGGAUGACGGCGUUCGACGCCGACGACGCGAGCACGGACAACGCUCUUCUGCGCUACAACAUCCUCAAGCAGACGCCUACCAAACCCUCCCCAAACAUGUUCUACAUUGAUCCGGAGAAGGGGGACAUCGUCACAGUGGUGUCACCGGUGCUGUUGGAUCGGGAGACUAUGGAAACCCCCAAAUAUGAGCUGGUUGUAGAAGCUAAGGACAUGGGUGGUCUUGAUGUGGGAUUAACUGGCACAGCAACUGCUACUAUUCUUAUUGAUGACAAAAAUGAUCAUCCACCUGAAUUUACCAAGAGGGAG